AUGGGGCAUCAUUCUUGCUGCAACAAGCAGAAGGUCAAAAGAGGGUUAUGGUCACCUGAAGAAGAUGAAAAACUCAUCAACUACAUCACAACUUAUGGACAUGGUUGCUGGAGCUCUGUCCCAAAACUUGCAGGCCUUCAGAGGUGUGGAAAGAGUUGCAGAUUAAGAUGGAUAAAUUAUCUAAGACCUGAUUUGAAACGUGGAAGCUUCUCUCCUCAAGAAGCAGCCCUCAUUAUCGAACUCCAUAGUAUUCUAGGCAACAGGUGGGCUCAGAUAGCAAAGCACUUACCUGGAAGAACAGAUAAUGAGGUGAAAAACUUUUGGAAUUCAAGCAUAAAGAAGAAGCUCCUUUCUCAUGAUGUUGCUCCUUCUUUAGCCACAUUUUCUCAUGAUAUUCAUGUCCCUGCAGCCAAUGUUUCUGUUGAAAGUUUCUUCCCUUUAACUGACAACCCAAUCCUAAACUCUCAUCAUCAUCAUAACCUAGACCAGCUAUUCCUUCCCAUCACAUCCCCAAUCCUACAAGGUUUUGAUCAUAAUGAUAUCAAGAUAGACAUUAACAAUUAUAAUUCCAAUUUCCUACAUAUUCAGAAUCCAAUGCCAGAAACUAUACCAUCCAAUCCAUCUUCCUAUGAAGAUACAUGGUCAUUGGGCUGCGUACCUAUUCUUCUUAAUCCAAGUCAAGAAAAUCAAAUUACCAAAAGUGAUACCACCCCACAUUAUAUUGUUGAGAAAUUCAUCAAUAUUCCAAGUACAUGGCAGCAUUAUGACUGUCACUUGGUGGAACCCAUUGUGCCAAAAGUCUGUGAGAGAAUUGAGGAUUAUGUUUGUAGCAUCCCAUAUUCUUCUUCUUCUUCACAAGAACAUGAGGCUCUUGCAAGAAUUCAGUGUGAUGCACCUGGUAUUUUUCCACAAGAUCAAACUGUGACAACCAAUCAAGUGGAGCACAUUGAUGCCCUCAUGUCAUCGUUACCAUCCUUAACAACAUCUUCAUUGUCAGUAUCAUUCUACCAAGUAGACAAUUAG